AUGUCAGACGACGACCUAUUCAAGCGAUUCGCAGCGCUCCGCGCGCCUACAAGCCAGCUUACCGAUCAUGCAUCUCAGGCUGGACCAUCAUCGCCUAGAUACAAUAUUGAGCUUUCCGCGAAGAGAGCGGAAGAAGAAGACGAGGAGUUGGAGAGGAUAGCGGAUGGUCGUCUUGAUGGUCUGAUUGUCGGAAUGGAAGACGACGGAGCACGAGAGGACGACGAGCUGGCUAGACGAAUAGCUAAUCUCAGAGGAAAUGAUGUGAGGAAUGGGCGGGGUGAUACUGAUAGUGAGGACAGAGAUGUAGAAGACUUCUUGGCUUCUUUCAUAUCAGGUCCUUCCCACAGUCACAUUCUCAGUGAGCAGUCGACCGGCAAUACCCUCGCGAAAGAUGCUAGAGAAGCUCUUGAAGAUGCAAAAUCGCACAUACCUCCCAUUAGGAGAAAGAAGGGAGAGGAAGCAAGUGAGGAAGAAGGGGAGGAAGAUCAGGAAGAAACCGAAGAGCAGAUCCUCAUACGUGCGCUAGAGGAAGCUAGUCUGGACAGAUUGCACGAUCCUGCAGAUGAUCAGGCUGAUGAGAAAGCCAAUGAAGACAAUGAUCAACAGCAGAAUACAAUACCAGGCCUGGAAGGAUUAUCAUUCCCUUCUUUACCUACUCAUGUACCGAAGGAGGAUGACGAAGAGGUAGAUGAAGAGACGAAGAAAAGGUUGAAUGCUUUGAUGGGAUUAUCGCCUUCUCCUAUCAGACCUGGACAAACUCAACAAGGUCCACCGACUAACACAGUACCGAAAGGUUGGAGUUUACCUGGAUUUGAUAUGAAUAGGGAUGAUGAUACCGAUAGUUGGUGUUGUAUAUGCAACAAAGACGCGACCCUUAUUUGUCUCGGAUGCGAUGACGAUCUGUACUGCGAAGAAUGCUGGAAAGAUGGUCACGGCAUGGGAGAAGGUCAGGAGAGGGGACACAAAGCGAAGAAAUUUGUGUAUCGAAAACAGCUCCUAGGAGCUUCAUGA